AUGACCUACAAGGUGAAAUCGUUAAUCACUGCAUCCGUCUCCAGCUUCAAGUGCGUGCGUAGCUGGAGAUGGAGUUGGAUGUCCCUGUUCAAUUUCACGACCAGAAGCCAUUCUGCAACACUAAGUCUGGCGAUAGUUUUCGCUUUCCUUGCUAGUUCGAUUACUCCUAUAUUUGCAAUCCUCCUUGGGGAAAUUUUCAAUUCAUUCACGUUAUUUGGCGGUGGUCAGCUCAGCAACGAUGGACUGCUUCAGGAUGUAGCCAGAAAUGGCAUCGGACUCGCAGGUUUGGGUGUUGCUUCCUGGAUUCUGAAUGGAGUAUACUUCACCCUUUUCAUCAUCUUUGGGGAAUUGCAAGUCUCCAAUGCUCGUAUCACGCUCUUCGAAGGGUUGCUGGAGAGAGAUCAGGAAUGGUUUGAGACUCAGAAAGAUGGUACUAAAGCCCACUUGUCCUAUCUCCAGGCUCAAAUCCAAGAAUUACAGAUGGCGACCUCUCAGCCUCUCGGGCUCGUCAUACAAUUCGCAUUUCGUACACUCAUCUCGCUCGGCCUGGCAUUCUAUACCUCAUGGAGUCUGUCUCUGAUCACUCUGGCGGGAAUCCCGGUUUUCUCGAGCCUUGUUGCCCUGGUAUCAUCUCGCAUGAAGCGGAGUAUAGAAGCCCAGCAGGAUGAGCUAACUCACGCAUCCAAAGUUGCAAAUAGCGCCACCAGCUCAAUUGACACCGUCAAAUGUCUCAAUGGGCAGGAAUUCGAGCUUCGAAAGUUCGCAGAGAAGAUCGAUAAUGCUGCAGCACACUAUCUGAAACAGGCACGUCUCAACUCUCUCCAGAUAGCCAUUAUACGGUUAAUGAUGUUUGGUAUGUUUGUGCAAGGGUUCUGGUAUGGCACUACUCUUGCAACAUCCGGGAGACUCACUGCGGGUGAGGUACUCAGGGCAUUUUGGGCCUGCUUGACGGCAGCUCAAUCUAUUGAAAUGGUCUUGCCGCAGGUAAUAGUGCUGGAGAAAGGCAAGGUUGCCGCAUCGAUGUUGAAAGAGCUCCUGAACGGUUCAAAGAUUAAAAAGCGCGCCGAAAGCAUCAAAGGAGCAUUGUAUCCGCGCUAUUGCAAGGGCGACAUUGAAGUUUCCAAUCUCUCUUUUACCUAUUCAUCUCAGCCUGAUAGGCCCAUCCUCAAGUCAACCAGCUUCUUCUUCCCUGCCGGCGAAACUACGUUUGUCAUUGGGGAAAGCGGGUCUGGGAAGAGCACACUUGGGCAGUUACUUGCUCGUUUAUACAUGCCCACUUCGGGAGAAAUCCUCAUCGAUGGUGUCGCACAACAAACCCUCAGCAUCAACUGGAUUAGGAACAACAUCACUCUAGUUGAGCAACGGAGCGUUCUUUUCAAUGAAUCUGUUUUCACCAACAUUGCCUUCGGUCGUCGGGCUUAUGAUACCGUCACGAAGGAAGAUGUACGAGACUGCAUCGACCUGGCAAUGCUUGGUUCUACGAUUGGCAAUCUACCAAGUGGUCUCGACACUUGUGUCGGAAACGGGGGAAGCUUCUUGAGCGGAGGGCAGAGGCAGAGAGUGGCAAUUGCAAGAGCCAGGUUGAGAGAUACCCCAAUUUUGAUAAUGGACGAGCCUACAAGUGCUUUAGAUGGCAUCAACCGCAACGCAGUGAUGAAAGCGGUUCGAGAAUGGCGCAGGGGAAAGACAACGAUUAUCAUUACCCACGACAUGUCCCAAAUUAUGGAUCAUGAUUAUGUCUACGCUCUCGAGCACGGGUCGGUGACGCAAGCAGGGUACAGGUAUGAGCUUAAAAACAGCCCAGCCAAAGAGAAGUAUUUCCCGUUUACCGACAAGAAGGACGUGGAUGAAGCAUUCAAAACUGCAGAGUUGAAAGAAGUCCGCGGUUUGUGCUCAGAUACAGAUUCAAUAGAGACCACGGGGAGUCACCAUGGUGCAGAAACACCGACUCAUUCCACAGAAGCUCCUGAUGGAUAUGAGAUACUUCGCCCAAUGGAUCGAAAAAUCAGGAUUCAACAAAAGAGGGGGUCCGGGUCGAAGAAUAACAGGCCCAAGUUACGGGGUAUGUCAUACGACGAAGAGAACUGGACGUCUCAGGGAUACGAAAUACCAAUGCGAGAGCUCAAUGCUAAGCCACACAGAUCUACCACUUCUCGUCAAACCCAUUAUGGCCAUGCUGCUUCGAAACGUUCUAUUUCUCAAAGAAAAGCAAGAGCUCGUCGUCAGUCUGCUGAAGUAUCUCACAGUGCAAGAAACAGCACAAUUAUCGCGAAGGGACAGCGUCUAUCUCUCACUCAGACUCUGCGGACAUUAAUUCCGAGCCUUACAGUAUGGCAACGUUUGCUACUACUGCUCGGAGUAGUGUGCACGCUGUUGCACGCUUGCGCGACGCCGAUUUUCUCUUACUGUCUCUCGCAGUUGUUCCGCUCCUUCUACGAUACGACCAAUAACUCCAUGAGAUGGUCCUUGGUAGUUCUCGGAGUUGCAAUCGGUGAUGGAACCGUAUCGUACUUCAUGCAUUAUCUCUUGGAACUGUGCGGUCAGGCCUGGGUUGAUUGUCUUCGGAAACGAGCAUUCCAGCGAGUGCUGGAUCAGCCUCGGCAGUGGUUUGACGAAGAAGGCAACUCAGCUUCCCGGCUCACUGCCUGUCUAGAUCAGAACGGAGAGGACAUGCGGAACCUCGUUGGUCGCUUCGGAGGCUUCGUUCUAGUGGCAGUCGCGAUCACCCUGACUGCAGUCAUCUGGUGCCUGGUCGUAUGUUGGAAGCUGACCCUAGUUGCGCUGGCUUGCGGGCCUGUCAUCUAUGUCAUCACAAGGGGUUUUGAGAAAACCAGCGGGCUCUGGCAGGGCCGAUGCAACGAGGUUAACAGGGUUGCGUCUGAUGUAUUCAUCGAGCUGUUCUCGGAGAUACGCACCGUCAGGACAUUAACUCUCGAGUCGUUCUUUCACAGAAAAUAUCUGAAAGCGGCGUCAAAGUGCAUGGAAGUGUGUCUGAAACGAGCUGUUCAUACUGGAGCCCUGUUUGGUCUCGUGGAGUCCACGAUCAUAUUCGUCACUGCAUUGAUAUUCUACUAUGGAGCGCUGCUUGUAUCAUCCGGAUAUACAGUGAUCAAUGUAACCACCGUAUUUUCAAUACUCUUGUUCAGUAUUGGAUAUGCCAGCACAGUGCUAUCUUGGAUCCCACAGAUCAGCUCUUCACAAGAGAUGGCCAGUCAGCUUCUGCGCCUAGUAAAUCUCCCUGCUGGGCUACCUCAUGAACAUAUAGGAAAUAAAUAUGUUCUGAAGGCGGCCCCUGUGAAUAUCAGGAACCUCAAUUUUCGAUAUCCAUCACGGCCUGACGCGCAGGUUCUUCGCGACGUCAGCCUCAAUUUCCCUCAAAACUCUUGCACGGCUAUCGCAGGAGGCUCGGGAUCAGGGAAGUCAACGAUUGCAUCACUGCUCCUAUCGCUCUACGAAGCACCACUAUCCAAAAACGGAAGGCCAACAAUCUCCUUGGGAGGCCUGGAUAUUCGACACUUGCACACGCCUUCUCUCCGUUCCCUGAUUGCGGUAGUCUCACAGCAGCCCACCAUAUUCCCCGGAACUAUCCUGUCCAAUAUCUGUUACGGCUUGGAUGAUGAUUCUCCAUUGAGGAGGCUACACAACGUGCGGGCGGCAGCUCAAGCUGCGGGAAUUGAUGAUUUUUUCUCGUCACUCCCUAACGACUAUUUCACUGUCAUUGGAGACGGUGGGGUAGGACUGUCUGGCGGUCAGGCGCAGCGGUUGGUGAUCGCACGGGCUCUUGUGCGACGGCCGCAGGUUCUGAUAUUGGACGAGGCGACCUCGAGCCUUGAUCCUGAAAAUGCAAACUUGAUUCGACGGACAGUGCAGAAUCUUGUGUCUGCUCGCUCGGGCUUGACGGUGAUUAUAAUUUCACACGCCAGGGACAUGAUUGAGAUCGCAGAUAACGUCGUAGUCCUGGAGCAGGGCUCUGUUGUGGAACAGGGACCAUACGAUGACCUCGCAAAACGACCUAGUGGGAAACUGAACGCUUUGAUAAGGCUUGGAGAUACAGGCGCAUUUUAG